UAAAUUUAUAAGAGCAGGUCCAACUUCUUUUCCCUAUUAAUAUAAUUACUGUUUCAACUAGUACUUGCAAAGAUCCAAGACAAGCCUUCACAACCUUCCAUUUUCCGACUUAAAGCUCAGAUCAAUAACCUCGCCGGCGAGACGCUUUUUCACCGUUGAAAUCCAGUGUUAGGCUGACUAGAGAUGGCAACAGCUACAUAUCCACCACCGCCACCGUUUUACAGGCUCUACAAAGAUUACUUACAAAACCCUAAAUCAGCACCGGAGCCUCCGCCGCCUAUUGAAGGCACUUACGUUUGCUUUGGUGGCAACUAUACCACCGAUGAUGUGCUUCCGAGUUUGGAAGAUCAAGGGGUUCGCCAACUCUACCCCAAGGGACCUAAUAUUGAUUUCAAGAAGGAAUUGAGGUCGCUUAACAGAGAAUUGCAACUACAUAUUUUGGAGCUCGCAGAUGUUCUCGUCGAGAGACCAUCACAAUACGCUAGACAAGUGGAGGAGAUAUCUCUCAUAUUCAAGAACUUGCACCACUUGCUGAAUUCAUUGCGCCCCCAUCAGGCUAGAGCAACACUAAUUCACAUUCUAGAACUUCAGAUACAACGGCGUAAAGAAGCUCUGGAGGAUAUUAAGAGGAGGCGAGAAGAAGCACGAAGACUACUCAAGGAAUCGCUCGGGACCUUAGAUGGACAGUAGAAUUUCAAGUUUGAGCUGAAAUUUCAAAUCAUUUCCUUAUAAGGUCGAUUCCGUAAACCGAACUAACAUUUCUCAUGAAUCCUACUAGUUUGAAAUAGAUCCAGUGUUUGUAGUUAAAAAGCUUCAUAUUCUCCCAACUUGAGUUAGUUUAGUUUUUGUAUUAAUGUGAAAUUUGUAUCUGUUUAUAUUGAAAUCACUUGCAGACAAAA